AUGUAACGAUACCACUUUCGGAAAGAAUAGCCCGUAAAAUAAAAGGAACGAAGUUGAUCGGCUCGGUCAACACCUCCCAUGUGAGACGUGUAAACAUCUGCUACACGAGGCUUCUCAAUGUUGAAAUUUCGGCCGUUCCUUUGUCGAGACGCGGGGUGUUUGCUAGCUUUUGCCGAGCAUAUCGAUUCGUCUCCGUCACGAUUAUAUCCAUAAUGGAGUCCCCAAAUAGUUGACUGAAGAAGUCGUUAGCCGAUACGUUGUCAGGAACGUUAAAUUUCAUUUCUUGUCGGCCGCUAAACUCGUCAAUAUCAAAAUCCUCGAGUUCAUCUGACCACUCGAUCGUGUCACUCGCAUUCGAGUCGUUGUCGCUUUCAUCCUCCUCUAAAUCACUUUCUACUUCCUGAACAUCAAUAUCAGAUCCAUCGGAAUCUGCUGUAUUAUUUUCUUCUUCUCUAUUAUUAUUAUCUUCUUCUGAACUACCAAAAAUAUCGUGAUAUUGCUCAGCGCUUAUAAUCGAAGGUACCGCCAUUUGUCUCGCACGCCGAAGCGGUGACGAAAAUUUAGCCGCUCCACACUCCUCACAAGAUCAAAAAUUAUAUGCGCAGUUGGGUGGAUUUGAUUGGUUAAUAUCUCUUUUAACAAAAGGAGAACAAUGCAGGACAAUAAAAGUAUCUCUAGGGACGGGACGGACAAGCAAAAUUUACCAUAUUCUCUUGGCCGCUUUUGGCCGCUUUGGGAACUGAAAGCCAUUUCCAGUUGGCCGCUUUUGGCCGCUUCAGUAGUGAAAGGGUUAAAGAAGAAGUUCAUUCCAAAAUGGCUUUUUGUGUUUUUGCCAACAAAAAGGUUAAUACAAAGGAGGGUUACUCACUGAAAUUUCAGCUUCCAAAGACCUUUCCAACCCUAUGAAAUCCUCGUCUCAAAUUCGAGAUCUCACGGCCACCAUCAUUGAGAACUGUUAGGAGCCUGGUGAUGAGUACGUGACGUCAGUGCACUCAACCUGAGUUUGGCGGGAGGAUUCAUGAAUAAGAUUAAAGCACUCAACACUUCUGCCGGAGCUGCACAAGGAGGCAAAACUCAGGUUGAGCGCUUGGAUGUCACGUACUUGUCACCAGGCUGCUAGCAGUUCUCUAAGACGGUGGCAGUCGAAUCUGGAAUUUCAGGCUACUUCAGACAAGGAUUUCAUAGGGUUGAAAAGCUCUUUAGAGGCUGAAAUUUUGGUGAGUAACCUACCUUUGUAUGAUCUUUUAGUUAGUGAAACAAAAAAACUUGCCAUUUUGAAAUGAACUUCUCCUUUAAGGUCUGCUGGUCUUAGGAAUGCUAUAUCAUAUAUGAAAUUGCUGGAGGUUUUAUCAAAUUACCAAGACUCAACCUGGGGCAUUUAGCAUCCUCACAUACAUGUACUUGAUGAACUAAUUCAAAAUUCAACUUUGUUCAAAACUUGUUCACACCAAUGAUAUAGCUUUACAUGUACAAUGCUGUAGAUCAAAACAAAUCCUUUGUUUCUCAACAGAGCCUUAUCAUUUCUACUUUGCUGUCAAGUUUUACCCUCCAAACCCAACAGCACUUGUUGAAGAUAUCACAAGGUACAAAUGUAGCUUUAUUACCAAGACAAAAUAAUUACUUAAUUAACAAUAAUCAUUAAUUUAAAAUUAAUAUACCUGCGUCCUCUAUUUUCAUAAAUUGCAUAUUAUUGUCAGUUAGAAAAAAAAAAACAGAAGAAGGAUGGACACUGAAAAAAAUAAUAUUAAUAUUUUGAUCAAUUUCACUCUGUAAUAAAAAAUUGUAGAAGUAUACUUUAGCAGUGAUUUUGUUACAAUUUGCUAAUAGUGAGUCCUGGGACUCAUCUCAUGUCAUGAAAAAUCAUGAGCCCCAGUUCAAAAUCCAAUGAGGCCUAACUAUAUUGAAAGAUGCCAGAACUCUCAUAAAACCAGACAAUCACACUUAAUCUGUAGUCUACUCUCAAUAGCAAAGCACUUAUCCCUGUAAUACAUCAGGGGCACCCAACGACUGUUUUCUGUAAAAUAUCUGUUUGGAGAGGCAAAUAUUGCCUAGAAUUUUCUGUUACUUGAGGAUGGCAAAAAAUUUUCAUAUGAGUGUUCCAUUAAUGUACAAUAUUCAAAGCUUAUCUAAUAAAUUCCCUAUGAUUUUCUGAAGUUUAAUUUUUCACAUUUUACUCCCCAGGUGAGGCUAUUUUGCGUAGCCAAAAGGAAACCUGAAAAUUAAUUUUGUUCAGAUGAGAGAGGAAUUAGAAAAAUUCUCACUUUUGUAAAACAUUAAUUUUUUGCAUCUAAAAUGUUUGGGAAAGUAAUACUAGAGUCCUAAUAAAAAAUUAUUUUGAACAGACUCAAGUUGCCCUAGGGUGACCGAACAAUACAAAUUUCAUAGUGCCCAUCAAAAAGUACUCUGGAUAGCCUAAAAAGUGUUUUCAGUGUAUAUUGUGGGAGGAAAACCGUUGUUGGGUGCCCCUGAUGUACAUUACAGUGUAUUGAAAUUAAAUAAUUAUUACAGUCUUCUUGACAAAAAAAAAAAUAUUCUUGUUUCUAAUUCUUUUUAAUGUUAACAAUCCCUACAGCUUUAUACAAUCAUUUAGAAUAAAGCCUUGCCGUAUUGCCAACCACUGUCUGCCAUCUUGGUUUAGCAACAUGCUUUCCAUGGCAAAGAUAAAAUAAGCACGGCCACUUUUAACAAAAAAAUGCUGCAUGGAAAUAUUUGUGUCUAUUUGUUCAGAAAUUAUUCUUAACCUGUUUAAUGAGUGGACAAAAUUACUCUUUUGUUUGGAGGUAGCUAGAGCUUUCAACACAUAUUUCAUAUCGCGCAAAUAGGGCAUUUUUUGAAAACAUUUUUUAGAUCCAUCAAUUGUUGUAUCCUAGAGGACACAAGUCAUCAAUUUUUUUUUGCGUCCUUGAGAAUUUUUAUGUGUCAAGGACGCAGGACACAGUAUGCUGCUAGUAUGUAAAAUUUACAGUACACUUUCAGUUUGAGACUAUCUUGCUCUGUGGCUUAUUUUCAAAAUUUCUAAUUAAAAUAAUAUUAUUUGUACAUGUACUGUCAAUGGGUAAUUUUUUUUUAAUAAUGGGUAACAUGUACAUGUAUUUGCUAAAAAGGCCCAAAAAAUUGUCUUUAAUAAUGUUACUAUUAACUUGCAUUCUUUAGGUACCUAAUGGUAUUGCAAUUGAGGGAAGAUCUUCUCAAGGGAAGGUGAGAAAACCAGUUCCGUAUUGAAUAAAAUAAGUACACAUAAGCUGUGUUCGUAAUGGCAACAGUGCUGAGUGGAUUCCAAUUCAGUCUGUAAUCAUAUGAGUGAUUGUAAAAUUGGACGACAGCAUAGUGGGAGUCUGAUUUGCUUAAUGAUGAGUAUGAUUACAGACUGAAGUGGACGAUACAAAGUUCUGUUCUAAGGUGCCAGUAAUAUUAAUCAUAACUUUAACAAAAUUUGUGAUAUAUCAGGGUUGGCACAGUCUUGAAAAGUCCUUAAAUUUCUCUGGUAUUCCAGGCCCUGGAAUAAUUAUUAUUCUACACAAAAUAAUUAAUAAAAUAAUAAAAUAAAUAAAUAAAUAAUUAAUUAAUUAGUUAACUGGAUAUUUUAUGUUUCGCAUUCUCAGGUUGCAGUGUUCUGUUCCAAUCCAUGCUCUGCUUGGCUCAUUUGUUGUACAAGGUAGAUUUACCAAUGUCAUUCACUCCCAUGCUGUUGAUGCUAAAAUUCAUUUAAAACACAGGGAGCCUUGUGUUCUAGCAACUUCACUUCUGGCACUGUCGCUAGUUAAAACCAGCAUUUCAACACAUUUUUGUUUUCUUCUUCUUUUACCCACCCUAAACAAUAGCUGAAAUGGGAGACUAUGAACCCGAAGAUCAUGGAGAAGAUGCACGUUAUCUCUCAGACUUUAAGUUCUGUCCCAAACAGGUAGAUUGUUAAGUUCUGUUCUCGGUAUGUUAAAUAUUUUAUUAACCCAAGUACAUACAAUGUUAGAGUAACAGGAUUAAUGCGAUCAGUAAAUAUUAAUUAAUAUUAUAUAACAUGUAUAGUGUAGUUGCUGAGCCUUCCUCUACUGUAAUGUAUGUGUAAUAAUCUUUAGUAAAGUUAAUUAUUGUGUAGAUGGGAGGUUACAAACAGUACAGUGUGGUUCAGCACACUGGGGCCCUAUAGACAAAUCUUUCUUUUGUAAACAUUCCUUGCCCUAUUUACAUGGCCUUUGCUACAUGUACAUAUAUAAUUUAAUAACACAACAUCUCUGAAUAAUGAUAGAGCAUAACCAUGUUACAUAAACCCAAAGUACUGAACAAUUUCAGAGAAAUUCUCGUUUCUAAAAACUCAAUUAUUAACGUUUUUCACCACCUGGCAAUUUUGCAGUCUUUGAUGGCUGCUAUUUUCUUUGAUGUUGCUUCCAAAAACCUGUAAAGUGCACAAUUUUCUUGAGUUAGUGAGCUCUUUAAUUUUUAAAGUUUAAUUGUUUAUACUGUGAUGCCUUCCAUGGGUUACUUAAUGUACUUAUCAAUGAGCAAACAAGUAAUAAUUACUUAACAAUGAUUUGCUUAAUGCAGAGCAUUAGAUUGUACACAGCCAAGUGCAGUUAAAAACUAUAAACAAUGCUGCUCUGUGGCUUUUACUCUGACUGUACAGUACUGCUCAAAAGUAAGUUAACAGUCGCGUCUCGUUUCCUGUGUGACGAGAAUCCCAUAGCACAAGAAUCAUCGAACCAGAAAGCGAAUUUUAAUAUCUAUCUACACGUCGCAGAGGUAAAACUGUGUUCGCAUGUUAGUCACAGUAAAGCUUUACCAUCAAUUCUUGAAAUCGCUGAAGAAUUGUGGCCAUGACACAAAGUUAAUGUACUUACUGUUUUUAGGCCGUCACGCACUAGGAAAAUUGCGUCCUGUGCUACUGGAAUCGCGUAACGUGCGACGUGAUUCGCGUCUCGCAAGAGGGUGGUAACUUUCUUUUGAGUGGUACUGUAGCUUUGGUACUUACUGUACACUGCUGCUUUGAAGUGUGGUUAUUGAUGUUUUGUUUGUUUGUUUGUUUUUUUUCCAGCCUAAUGAGAUGCUUCAGAAGGUACAUGAGUUUCACAAAAAACACAGGUAAAUUAGCACCUACAGUGUGUAGGUUAAUAAUGUGCAGCUACUGCUUACUCUAAUCGGUAUAGGAAUUAGGGGUGUAACGAUUCAUAUUCCUUGCGGUUCGAUUCAAUUUCGAUUAGUACCUUUCGAUUUCUAUUAUUUUGAUUCAAUUGUGUGAAUGUUUCUUUAUUCUUAUAACAUAACGGGUAAUGUAAACAACAUGCAACCCUAAAUCCUCAAUUUGAGAAUAGUAGCAGGGAUAGGAGGAUUCACAGUCGCUUGGUUUGUCGCCAUGGUUGAGAACCUGACAAAGAGCGUGUCACACAUAGUUUGCCUUAUUUGGAAAUUCUCAAGGGGUGGUUGAAGGACAGCAUUUUUACCAGGCAACACAAAAUGGCGCACAAAAUGCUAUUGUCUUUACUAGUCAAUCAUAAACCCACAAUUUAAAGUGUUCUGGAUUCCGAUUUUACAAUAUAAUAACUCACUAAGGGCACCCUGGAAAAGGUGUGCUGAAAUUGAACCAAAAUCUAAACGUGGAAGCAAAGAAUUGUGAAUCGAACCGAAUGAUCAUGAUCAUGAUUAAUCGAGAAUUCGAUUAAUCGUUACACCACUAAUAGAAAUAUGAGUUCUGUCAAUACAGCGCUUGACCACAGAGCCUGAUAUCACAGGGUUCGAUUCUCGGGGCCUGACUGAUACUGAGGGCCUUAAAAGAACUGAGAAGUGAGGAUAGAAAUGAGGUCAAGUGGGGGAUGAGAUCUUUACAUGGCUUAGCUGAAGCGCAAAAAAUGCGUUGUCUCCGAUCCAGUAGUGGAUGUAAAAUAUUAGUGUCCUCAAUUAGUAUGGUCUUGCUAAAACCUAAAGUAAAUUUUUUUUUGCACUUUGGUUCACAAUUUCCUUAGGGGAAUGACACCUGAGGAUGCGGAGCUGCAGUAUUUGGACAAUGCUAGGAAGCUUCCACUUUAUGGAGUUGACCUGCAUACAGCUGUGGUGUGUACAGUCUUAUUUUGAUACCUUUGGCUUCUUGGAAGCUAAAAAAUAUAAUGAGCAGCAGCUGUCAUAAUAGAAACCACCAUCACAAGAUGUAUGGUGGAGACCCAACCAUUUUAUUAUGUGUAGAUGAAAGUACUCCCCCUUUUUUGACUUAACCCUCUAAGCCCCAAUAUCCAUAUACAAAUUCUCCAAACUGAUCUACAUACAUUUCCUAACAGAGUUAGUGGAGAGAAUUUGAUAGCAGAUCAAAGCAUUUUCUGUUUAGCAAUCAUUUCAUAAAUUCUCAUAACCUUAUCUCUUGACAAGGUGUGAAUAAAUUAUUGUUGGGAGAAAAUUGAUGUUGGUCACCAUUGGGACUAAAAGGGUUAAGUGAAUGUUGUUGAUACAUUUGACAAACAAGGUGGCUCUGUUUUAAAGCUCUGAAUAGUCCAUGUAGCCAGUUGACAGUAUUUAUUUUCGGAUUACUGGUACACGAAACUGAUCAAAGCACUCUAUGGGAUAUCCACAUAUUCCUGUAACAUGGAAGAAACUCACUCUUUCAUUUGACUUUGAUUUGUUUGUUUUUAGGAUGCAGAAGGACAGAAUGUAAUCAUAGGAGUGUCAGCUUGGGGAAUUCAUAUCUUUCACAACAGUCGAUUGAUCAACAAGUUUGUAUGGUAUGUUACUUCACUUUUCAAUAAGAUGUAAACUCUUAAGUAAAAAAUGUAACUAAUGUGUAUGUUUUUCGCUUCUGUAAAUCGCCCUAACAGACUUCUCAGGAAACAUAGGUUCCUUCAGUGGGUUCACAUCUGUUGGUUGUAAUUAGUGGAUUUUGAUCCAUUUUAUUCCGUUUUGUGGCAAUUAUGGUUGGUGGAAGCAAAAAACACAAAGUUCUGCUGGUUAAAUUUUUGACUUUUAUUUAAGUUUGCGUGUUAUUGAAAGGCAGAGUUAAUCAAAGUACGAAAAAUAUUAUUCCAGUACAAGAUACAAACCUCGUCAGUUGUUGUCGUUGUUAUUUUUUUUGUUGUUGUUGUUUAGUUUACUAAAAAUACUAGCCAUACACUCUGGAAACAAGCAAAGCAUUCAGCAUUCAGUGCUAAGCUAUUAUUUUGCAUAGAUUACAUGUAGCAAAUUAAACUUACAAGCCCGCUAUCACUAUAAUUUAUGUGUGACAGGUCAAUAUUAAAUUUAGGUUAAAAAAUUUUAAUGUCAAUUUUCUUUGUCUCCUAGCCCUAAUUCGUGAAUAAUCUGGGCUAUGAGACAAAGGAAAUUGAGAAUCAACCUUGGUAAAACAAUUUUAACCUGAAUUUGAUUUUGACCUGUCAGUUAAUUAAUUAUGCAUCACUUGAUGUUCCAACUGUUUUGUUCACUCAACUGCAGUGUUUAUUUUCUUCAACAGGCCCAAAAUAGUGAAAAUCGCCUUUAAAAAGAAGAAGUUUACGUUGUCAAUCAGGCCAGCAAGUGAGGUUAGAGCUCUUAUUUACAACAGUAUAAGUUGUUCUCACCCCACUCCCCGCGGCGCCAACUCUCGCAGUAACGGAAACCUCAUAAAAAUGGCCAAAUAUGGGAUUAUUAUAUGUUUCUGGGAAACUACCCACCUACCCCUCCCCUAAGCCAAUAUUAACACUUACUUCUCGCUUAGGGCAAAAUGUUGGCUUAGGGGAGGGGUAGGUGGGCAGUUACCCAGAAAUGUACAUAAUGAUCCCAGAUGGACUUAGAGUUAAUCCCUGCUUAUCGUCAGUCAUUUUAGUUGGUUGAUUUAUAUUUUUAUUAUUUUGUCUAAGUUGUACAAUUCUUUGGGACAGACACUUAGUCUUAAUGGUGAAUGCCUUGGAGAGAGAAACUGUUAAUCCCCAUGAGUCCUCCUCAUUUUGUAACAAGAAAAUAAUUGUUGACCCAUCCCCCUCUCUUUUACACCACUGCUCUCCUAACAUUUCCUUCACAAAUUUGUCAAAAUCAUCAAUCAUGUGCUAUUCACAUAAUUAUUAUUAAGGCUUUUAGAUGCAAGGAUUGGUGCAGUUUUUUAGUAUGUGGCCUCCUUUGCUGCAAGUCCAGAGUUCAAUUUCCAUGUGUGGCCUGAAAAUCUUGUUUUAACUUUCUGUGUACAUGUGCGUUUAAGUAGCUCUAAAGUAAUGGGUUGAGCAGUGAUGGAGAGAUACAUGUAAAAUAAGCGCAUCGUAGGCCUCAGUUUUGUAAGUGAAAUGACGCUUUUUGGUGUUUCUUGGUUUUUCUGAAACCAUUGUCGGUUAGGUAUUGUGUUCUAGUGUAGGUAUUUUUCAGUGUCAUUUCAACUUUCGUUCGAGCUACUGACUUAGCAAAAGGGCCCUCUAUUCACUUUACCCUUUAUUAAGGCGGCAUCUGAUAGUAUAUGUGCAACAUGUAUCUGAUGCUAAUUCCACAGAACGAUUAUUACGGAGGGACAGUACUAAGUUUUAAACUCGCAAGCUUAAGGGCAACAAAAAGACUCUGGAAAGUUGGAGUGGAACACCAUUCAUUCUUCAGACUUUCACAGGCUGAUCUGCCACCCAAAGAUGUUGGAUUCAUCAAACUUGGCUCCAAGUUUAGAUACAGGUUCGAAAAAAAAUAUUGUUGUUGGUGUUGUUGUCGUUGUUGUUGUGAUUAUUAUUAUUAUUUCUUGCUUUGUGUGCUGGCUGAUCUCUUACCGAUUUAUUUGCUAAGGGAGCGAGUCAUAACCCAUGACUACUAAAAGGCCACUUCGAGUUCACCCCCUUCCUCUAUAACUCUAAAACGUUUCCUAAAAUUCUUGAUGUUCCAGUAGUAAUGUAUUUUUUUGAGGUUGAAAUAGUAAUUCUUAUGUCCAACUUUUCCGAAACAAAACAAAACGAAAAUCAAUGACUGAGCUAGUGGUGUUUUUUUUUCUGACGUAAAAAAAUCGUCUUUUGAUAUGGGAGGUUUUUAUGCUUAUGUACAACAUGCAGUGUUGGGCCCUAACUUAAGUUAGUCUUGGAGAGAGAGUCCUAAGAACCGUAAAAGCUGUUACACAGCCAUGUUAAUACCCGGUUUAUACUACUACAUAAGAAAUUUCUGCAAUUUGAUUGGCUUAGAGCAGUGGUAUUUCAGCUUAAUUUGAAAUACCUACAUGUGAAAAUUACAAACCUUUUCCGGGUAGUAGUAUAAACAAAUAAUAGCAUGAUUUGUACUUGAUAUUUGGCAUAAAUACCACUCGUGAUAUUUCAAAAUUGUCUCAAAUUUCACUUGCCCCCGGCACUUGCCUAACGGCUCGUGAAAUUACGUAUAACAAGUUUGAAAUAUCACUCGUGGUAUUUAUGCCAAAUAUCACUACUAAUCAUGCUAUUACCAAUACUAACUGAUUGGUGACCGGCCGUUUCGCCAACGAGUCGUUUCGCCGACCUCCUGUUCGCUGAAGUUUUGGAUUGUUUCGCUAACGUGUUAUAAGUCGUUUCGUUGACCAGUUUUCACUGAUGGUUUGUCGAUAUUGGCUGUGAUUUAAGCUUAGCUAAGCUAAGCCUUUUUUUUGUGUGUGUUUUGUUUUCUUCAGUGGGCGAACUCAACACCAGGCCCGUCACAGCAAGGAAGUGAACCGGGCUCAGCCAGACUUCAAACGAGUGUCAAGCGAGCGAUUUUCGUCGAAAGUUCUUGAAGGUAAGUCUCCAGAACAAAACUAGAAAAAUUCUAGUUUCAUAAUUCGUAGUCCCAGCGAGCUUGAAUAUCUCUCGGUUGCUCACUUGUUUAUGUUGCUGUGUUCAAAACUUAGGUAACCGCAGAUCAGAACCAUUGAAGGCAAUACCUAGAGUAGAAGAAGAAAACGGAGAAGAAAAGAAAGAUGAAGAGAAACCUGUUGUUGAGCAGACAGGUAGACUUCACUGUUGUGUUCUAUUAGGCUGCGGCUAGUGUCUCAUAUCCUUAGGGAUAGUUGCGAAGCGAGCGAAAUUCCCGCGUGAAAGUCGCGGCGCGCGAGGAGAGGCAAGACUCGUGUCAUCUUCGUCUUGGGUGGUGAUUUUUAAACGCGCUCGCUCGCCAGCGGAUAUAAGAACACAGCAAAAUGUAGUUCUCAAAACGCCCUUCAAUAUUAUUAUGUAUCACUAAAACAGUUGUCAAUCUUAGAGUGUUUCAACUUUUUUUGUUAUUGUUUGUUUUUGUGUUGUCACGCUCUGUGAGUGCAGUGGCUUUAAAUAUUGCCCUUUCAGUUUGCCUUCUGCAAUUGUUUCCUCUGAAUUCUUAUUGGUUUUUUGGCUUGUCUUCUCACUCUCAUUGGCUAGAGUAAUUUCUUUGGUUUUUGCGUAUCCCACCACAGUGAAAACCGUGCCAAGUAUUGCUCAUCUGAGUUCUGGUAAUUACGACCAGUGAUAUUUGAUUAAUAUUUUUUCUUCGUUUGUUUCUUUGUUUUUCCCUUCACAGAGGCUGCACCAGCGCCCGUGGCCGUAGCAGAGUAGUAAGUAUUAAACAAAAACUAAAGAAGUGUUUGAUUUUCAGUACUGACAUUUCUCCCGAAUUUGUUAUGUUACUAUGUUAAGAAAAUAAACUUGGUCAUGCCUCGCACUUCGCAAAACAUCAUACCGUUGGUUUGUGAAUUAACUGCAUCUUCGCCAUCAAUAAUUGGCAAGCCCGAAUGAGAUAUACGUUCAUGUUGUUCUUAUCGCCGAAAAACAGGGUUUUUUAAGUAAUGCAAUGAAAGUGAUUUUGUGCCGAGUAAUAGUUGUGUUAGAUGUAACGAUAUAAAGUUAGAUUUGCGGAAAUUUCGUUGUAUUUUAAUUUUGGCCUCUAUUGGGAUGAGUGAAAGAAAUAAUCAUACCCUCAAACUGCUCAUAGCGCAAAUCUACUUUUAAUAAUACGAGCCCGCUCUGUCCCUUUUAUUUUGCGUCCGGACAAUCGAGGUUCAACUGUGACUAAAACGAUUCAUUUUUCGUUUGUUUCAGAUCAAGGGCCAAGGAAUCUGAGCUAAUUUGAGGAUGAAAGUUCUUUUAGAAAAUCGUUAUCUUAAAGUUGCCAUUUAAAAUGCUGUUGCGCCUGCCUCUCGUGGAGGCAAUACAUGAAUUAUUAGGGUAUGAUCCCUCUUCGUAACUAGUUUGACAGUGACAAGUGCCGGGUUUUUUCGCUGGGGUACAUGUACGUCGUAGCAACGUGUAACCACGAUAAAAUCACGUGCUGAACACACAUGACAUUGUAGAUCAGGGACGAUUAUAGGGGACAUUUAGCCAGGGAGAAAUCACAAUGUCUGCCGGCAGAGGCGAAAGUUGUUGUUGCUGUUCGUCCCAGUGUUACCACGCAUGGAGUUUUGGUCCUUGUCUCUGGAUGGAUAAACUAUUGAUUUCUUUACAGGGAAGUACUCUACAAUCUCACAUGUCUCCGCGACAUGCCCCAUGAUGUUCAUCAAGUUGAACUUCGUGCGACAUGUAGUGAGGACAAAUUCAAAUUCCCUGUAAGGAGACUAUAACCCCUACGUCUAUCUCUAGAAUUACGCCGCGCUUCGCGCCACUUAAUGGGGGCUAUCCUAGAAUAAAUUAUGUCCUUGCAAAAUUACCCCUUGUUUUGCCCAGCCUUAAUGUAAGACUCUCGUGUACAAGAAUAUAUUGAUAUGACUUUUUAAAACAAUUUACUUUGUAUUUUAGUGUAUGAUUUAGAUUUUAUAAGAUAAAUAUGAUUUUUUUUAACUUUGUUUUUGAACGGUAAACACAAGUGAUCCGUCCAAAUUUUGCGAAACAGGUAUCAGUAAAUCAUUUGAUUGUUAUUUUCAUUGCCAUGCAUAAGGACGUGAAGCAAUUUACCGGGAUAUCCAUACAACUGAAGUAGAAAGUAUCAGAGAAGCUUAGCAAAACUGGGGAUCCCUCCCAUUAGCUAAGUGUGACGUAUGUGUCAUCUUCAUUAAACACGGCCUUCACAAUGACCUAAACCUACGUGGCAAGGGUUUGAAAGGAAGGGAAAGGGAGUUUAGGCUACAA